AUGGAAUCAUACAAAAAACCAAUAUUAAAGAGAUAAGAAAAAUAAGAAGAAUUGAAUCAAUAAAUUGCAAUUAUGAGAAAGAAUAACAACCUAUAACUUAAUGAAAUUAGUGAAAAAUUAAUCACCGAAUUUUCUCUCCCAAUAAAUAAAACAGGUGAAAUUUGUAAAUUUCAAUAAACAUCUAUGAAAGGAUUAAGCUAAGAAGAAUUGUUUUCAAAUAUUAGCUAUUUGAUUUAAUAUGAUAAAGAAAAUUUGGGUUAAGAUUCCAAAAUUGAGUCUGUGAAAUCUAAAGAUUCUUUAUUUUUAAUAGAGAUUGAAAGCAGAUUGGGACACUUAAUAUAUAUGAUUAAUUAGACAUUUAAGAGUCAAUUAAUAUUUUACAAGAUAUUUAAAGUAUUAAAAAUUCAUAUUCUUUUAGAUGAUAAUCAAAUUCAAGGGAUUGUCUUAUUACCAUAAUAACUUUAAGAAAACACAAAAAUAAAUUAAGAGUAAAUGA